GCUCAACCUCAUAAGCUUUCUUUCUCUUCUCUAUUGACCAUCAAACUUGUUCUACAUUAGGGCUUUCCUGCCCUUUGACGAAUUGUAUCUUUCUUCCCUCGCAUAAGGCUUGCCUUUCAUCCAGAUUGCACAUCUAUUCUGCGCUUUUUGAUAAAUUGCCAGGCUAUGGCUACAAAGAAAGUUAUAGCUAUAUGUCAGUCGGGAGGUGAGUUUGUAACGAGUACAGACGGAUCACUGGCAUACCAGGGGGGCGAGGCCUAUGCAACAGACAUUGAUCUGCAGACAAAGUUGACUGAUUUAAAAUCGGAAGUGGCAGAAAUGUUCGGUAAGACAGAUCCAAUGAUUAUCAAAUACCUCCUUCCGAGCAAUAAGAAAACUCUCAUCACGAUAGCGAAAGACAAGGACUUGCAGCGGAUGAUCAAUUAUCUUGGGGAUGCGGCCACAGUUGAUUUGUUCAUUAUCUAUGACGAAGGAGCAGCUCAAAAUCCAUCUUCUGUGCCCAAGAGUAGGCCAAGCAAACAAACAGUGUCAGAAGCCCCAACUGGUCCCCCUGUCGAUGUUCCUGUAGAUACUGUCCAUCCCACAAAUCGACUUGAUGUUUCUGUAGUUGCUAGAAAACGUGUGCCAUAUGUUCUCACUGGAACCGAUGAUGAGAAGCUUCGUAAAGCUGCCCAACAGUGGGAAAAUACCAUCACUGGUGUCAACCAACGGUUCCGUAGUUUAAGUGAAUUCCGAGAAGCAUUGCAUAAAUACUCUAUUGCUCAUGGGUUUGCUUACAAAUGCAAAAAGAAUGAUGCUCAUCGCAUCACUGUCAAAUGUAAAUCUGAAGGUUGUCCCUGGAAGAUAUAUGUCUCUAAGUUGGCCACCACCCAAUUGAUUUGCAUUAAGAAAAUGAUUGCAGAGCAUACCUGUGAAGGGGCUGCUAGGAUAAAAGCUGGGUAUCGGUCAACUAGAGGCUGGGUGGGGAAUAUCAUAAAAGAGAAAUUGAAAGUCUCCCCAAACUACAAGCCAAGGGAUAUUGCUGAUGACAUUAAGCGGGAGUAUGGGGUUGAGUUAAAUUAUUCUCAAGCAUGGCGUGCUAAAGAGAUUGCUAAAGAGCUGCUCAAAGGCUCCUACAAACAGUCAUAUACGCAGUUACCCUCCUUCUGCGAGAACAUAAAAGAGACUAAUCCAGGGAGUUUUGCAACACUUACAACUAAAGAGGACUCUAGCUUCCAUCGUCUCUUUGUAUCGUUUCACGCCUCAAUAUCUGGUUUUCAGCGAGGUUGUCGCCCUCUGAUUUUUCUUGCUAGUUCUUUCUUGAACACAAAAUACCAGGGGGAAUUGUUGACUGCAAUGACAGCAGAUGGAGAAGAUGGCGUAUUUCCUGUAGCCUUUGGUGUUGUAGAUGCUGAGAAUGAGGAAAACUGGCAUUGGUUUCUGCAGGAGCUAAAAUCAGCAAUAUCAACUUCUCAGCAAAUUACAUUUGUUGCAGAUUUUCAGAAUGGUUUAAAAAAAUCAUUAGCUGAGAUAUUUGAGAAUUGCUACCAUGGUUAUUGCUUACGCCACCUUGCUGAGAAACUGAACAAGGACUUGAAGGGUCAGUUCUCUCAUGAGCAAAGGCAUCUCAUAAUAAAUGAGUUUUAUGCUGCUGCCUAUGCAACUAAACCGGAUGCUUUUGCACGUAGUAUUGACAACAUAAAGAAUAUGUCUCUUGAAGCUUAUAAUUGGGUCCUACAAAGUGAACCAAAGCACUGGUCCAAUGCAUUCUUUGGUGGAGCAAGGUAUAACCACCUGACCUCCGAUUUUGGACAGGAAUUCUACAGUUGGGUGUCCGAGACACAUGAUUUGCCUAUUAUUCACAUGGUUGAUGUAUUACGAUGUAACAUCAUGGAAACAAUUUACUCAAGACGGGUGGAGUCCAACCAAUGGACUACGAAGUUGGUGCCGUCAAAGGAGGAAAUGCUUCAAAAAGAAACUUCAGCUGCGCAGUCGCUUCAAGUGUUACUCUCACAAAGUGGCACAUACGAGGUCUGUGGGGAAUCUAUAGAAAUGGUUAAUAUUGAUGCUUGGGAAUGUGGUUGCAAGGGAUGGCAGAUUACCGGGUUGCCUUGCUGUCAUGCUACAGCGGUUCUUGAGUGCAUUGGUAGAAGUCCUUAUGAUUAUUGCUCCAGAUAUUUCACCGUUGAUAGCUACCGAUUAACAUAUGCAGAAUCAAUACGCCCUGUGUCAAAUGAUGACGUGCUAUUCCUGGGUGAAUCAGGUCGAUCAGUAACCGUAACGCCUCCAUCAACUAAGAGGCCUCCGGGACGGCCAAAGUUGAAGCAGGUUGAAUCGGAAGACGUAACGAAGCGUCCGUUUCAGUGCAGUAAGUGCAAGGGACAGGGCCACAACAGGAAGACGUGCAAAUCGUUGUAACUGUCGAAGUUACAGUAAAAUAUUCAUGUAAUCUUUCCCCAGCACAUAGGAGUCAUUUAGACGCAUACUAGAGUUUCAGAGCUUGCGUGAAGGGAACCCUUUGUAAAAUUAUUGUGACUUCUCGUAUCAUAGUGGAAGGUAUCUAUUUUGAGAAUUCUGGAA